GUACAGGUACACUCGCGUGGUACGCGGGCCGCCAGGAGUUAUAAGGUGCGCAGACGCCGCCGCAGGACUAGUGCUUGUCCAACCAACACAUUGCUAACAUGAAGGCUGCUCUGUGCGUCGUCCUCCUGGUGGUGGCCCUGGCAUCGGGCGCCGAGGAGAAGAAGAACGAGAAGCGAGGCUUGCUAGGCCUCGGCUACGGGCUCGGCGGCGGCCUCGGCCACGGGUACUACGGCGGGCACGGGCUCGGCCUGUACUCGCACAGCGCGCCCCUCAUCAGUCACAGCGCGCCCAUCAUUAGCCACAGUGCCCCCAUCAUCAGCCACGGCUACGGCUUCGGCGGCUACGGCGGCCUCGGCCACGGCUACGGCGGCCUAGGGCUCGGCCACGGGGUCAUCGCGUCCGCCCCCAUCGUGUCACAUGGCUACUCCGCCCCCCUCCUCGGCGGACACUACGGAGCUCCGUUGCUGGGGCUGGGCCAUGGCUGGCAUUGAGGCUACAACUAAUGUAAUAUAAGUCCUGUCUGCGAAUGUGUUUGUUUAGUGCCAAAUUAGUUUACUUGAAGGUGGUUGAUUCGACGCAAAAUUUGUAAUUAAUAAAUAUUUUUAUUUCUCA